AUGGAGAUCGCUGCUCGAUCUCCCGAGCUCCACCCGGUUGCACCACAAGCUAAUCCAGACGAUCUUUUUCCAGCAUGGAGCGCGAUCGACGAGGUGAAGAAGACGGUCGACACGGCCAGCCAGAAGGCGCAAGGCAAGACCGGUAAGAUCGAGCCGUGGUCGGCCCAAUACUACGCCACCUGUACAGUCGGUGGACUUCUUGCCUGUGGUCUGACCCACACGGCUGUUACGCCUUUGGAUCUCAUCAAAUGCCGCCGUCAGGUUGAUCCAAAGCUCUACACCGGUAACAUGCAGGCUUUCAAGGCAAUCCGGGGUGUCGAGGGCUGGCGCGGCGUGUUUACUGGCUGGAGUCCUACUUUCUUCGGCUACAGUGCCCAAGGUGCUUUCAAGUACGGUGGAUAUGAGUUCUUCAAGAAGUUUUACAGUGAUCUCGUCGGACAAGAGCGCGCUGCCAAAUACAAAACCUCCCUGUACCUCGUUGCCAGUGCCUCCGCUGAGGUGAUCGCCGAUGUAGCACUUUGUCCCUUCGAAGCGAUCAAGGUCCGCACCCAGACCACUAUCCCGCCUGAGUUCAAGGGUACCUUCAGCGGUAUCUCUUCGGUGAUUGCUAAAGAAGGAAAUGCCGGGCUUUUCAAGGGUCUAUACCCUCUGUGGGGCCGCCAGAUCCCCUACACCAUGAUGAAGUUUGCCUCGUUCGAGACCAUUGUGGAGACGAUCUACACCACCCUUCCCGGUCACAAGUCGGACUACAACAAGGGUGCCCAGACUGCUGUUGCUUUCACUGGUGGCUAUCUGGCCGGUAUUCUGUGCGCGGCAGUGUCACACCCUGCCGAUGUCAUGGUCAGCAAGCUCAACGCCAACCGCCAGGCAGGUGAGGCCGUUACAGCUGCGAUGAGCAGAAUCUAUGGUGAUAUCGGAUUCCGGGGCCUGUGGAACGGACUGCCCGUCCGAAUUGUUAUGGUCGGAACAUUGACUGGCCUCCAGUGGAUGAUCUACGAUUCAUUCAAAAUUUUCAUGGGACUGCCUACCACUGGCGGAUCUGGGGAAGACAAGAAGAAGGCCCAGUAG